UCUGGGCCUUUGAGAGGGACACCACCUCCAUAAUCAAGCCACUGCUUUUCUUAGUACAGGUGUCCAUGUGAGAUGCCUUAACUCUUCCUUUCCUUUCACGGACCUCAAGGCCGGUCAAGAAAAAGAGAGAUUUAUAGAGACAAUAGAAUCAUUAUCACGGACCAAGCGAGAAGAGGAACACCCAGAAACCCAGUUUUGAGAUCUGAUUGGUGAGUUUUGAGUUGGAUGGAGCUCCAAACAAGAGGAGGUCUUCCUGGAAUUCUGGUGCUGCUUUUGCCUCUUCUUUUGCCUGGUUUUUUGAGCUCAUUGAGCUAUGCCUCUCCUUCUAAGUUCUGGGAGCUGAAUGUUGCAAAACCUAGGCACUCAUCUCUACUGAAGAGUGCUUUGCAGCGUGAGACUUCACAUGGAAAGCAGUCUUAUCUCUGGGAUCCUUUGGCUGAUCAAGGAUGGAGACCGUGUGUUCAAUCUACCCCGUCAGCUUUGCCAGUGAAAUCUGAGGGAUACCUUCAAGUAUUUCUUGAUGGAGGGUUGAACCAGCAGAGAAUGGGGAUAUGUGAUGCAGUGGCAGUUGCUAAAAUACUGAAUGCAACACUUGUCAUCCCCCAUUUUGAAGUCAAUCCCGUUUGGCAAGAUUCAAGCUCAUUCAUGGAUAUAUUUGAUGUCGAUCACUUUAUUGAUGUGUUGAAGGAUGACAUUUCUAUAGUUAAAGAGUUACCUGAUGAGUUCUCCUGGAGCACACGGGAAUACUAUGCUACUGCUAUUCGAGCCACCAGAAUUAAGACAGCACCUAUUCAUGCUUCAGCUAACUGGUAUCUGGAUAAUGUCUUGCCUGUACUACAGAGUUAUGGAAUAGCUGCAAUCUCCCCAUUCUCACACCGGCUGACUUUUGAUAGCUUGCCCAUGGAUAUCCAACGUUUACGUUGCAAAGUCAAUUUUCAAGCAUUAGUUUUUGUUCCCCAUAUUAGAGCACUUGGAGAUGCUCUUGUCAGUCGCCUCAGGUAUCCGUCCAAAGGAACUGAAGUUGUUAACACUGGUUACCUACGGGAAACCUCUCAUGUGACUGAUGAAAACAGAGCAAGGAAGUUUGUUGUGAUACACCUUCGUUUUGAUAAGGAUAUGGCUGCCCAUUCAGCCUGUGAUUUUGGUGGGGGCAAAGCUGAAAAGUUGGCUCUGGCGAAGUACCGACAAGUAAUUUGGCAAGGAAGGGUCCUUAACUCGCAGUUCACCGACAUAGAAUUGAGGAGUCAGGGCCGUUGCCCAUUGACUCCUGAAGAGAUCGGAUUGCUAGUAGCAGCUUUGGGCUUUGACAACAGUACUCGUCUAUACCUUGCUUCCCACAAGGUAUAUGGUGGGGAAGCUAGGAUAUCAACUUUACGAAAGUUGUUUCCUCUUAUGGAAGACAAAAAGAGUCUUGCCUCUUCAGAAGAACGUACACAGAUUAAAGGAAAGGCUUCUCUGUUAGCUGCAGUUGAUUACUAUGUUGGCUUGCAUAGCGACAUCUUCAUCUCUGCUUCUCCAGGAAAUAUGCACAAUGCAAUGUUGGGACAUAGAACUUACAAGAACAUGAAAACCAUAAGGCCCAACAUGGCAUUGAUGGGACAACUGUUCCUGAACAAAAGCAUCAGCUGGCCAGACUUCCAGCAAGCAGUUCUUGAAGGGCAUGAAAACCGACAAGGCGAGAUCCGACUAAGGAAACCAAAACAGUCCAUAUAUACAUAUCCUGCACCUGAUUGUAUGUGCGAGGCUUAAGGUGAUUUUAUCUCAAGGAUUGUGAAGUCAUCAUCUCUAUUCUAUUGGUUUGGCACCACAACUGUUGUAUGUGGCUGUAUUAUAAAUAAAACAAGAAAUGGAAGAAGCAUAGAUAACAAUAUAGCAAAGAGAGGUUGGGGUUUAUGGGUUAUGAUUGUGCAAUGUGCAUUUGUCAGCUUAUGGGUUAUGGACCACGUUUCUGGACCAGAUGAAUAUUUAUUUGUGAUGUAUCAUGCAAUAGGAGCACAGCUGUAUUUGAAUCACUUCUGUGUUUUGUAAUACUUUUGACUUCUAUACAUUGCUUAUUUUCAUUA